GUAUACCUCAGAACUGACUGCACAUAAAAGAAUCCACAGCGGAGAGAAACCUUAUGAAUGUAAGCAAUGUGGAAAAGCCUUUAGACUGUCCUCACAGUGCAGUAGACACAUGCGGACCCACAGUGGAGAGAGGCCCUAUGAAUGUAAGCAAUGUGGAAAAGCCUUUGUUAAUGUCUCAGGCCUCAUAGUACAUAGAACAAUUCACAGCGGAGAGAAGCCUUACGAAUGUAAGCAAUGCGGGAAAGCCUUCAGAUUUUCCUCAGAGUGCAGGAGACACAUGCGAACCCACAGUGGAGAGAGGCCCUAUGAAUGUAAGGAGUGUGGGAAAGGCUUUCUAACACCCUCAAGCCUCAGAACACAUACAAUAAUCCACAGUGGAGAGAGGCCCUAUGAAUGUAAAGAAUGUGGAAAAGCCUUUAGAAGAAAGGUACAUCUUACAGCACAUAGAAUAAUUCACAGUGGAGAGAAGCCUUAUGAAUGUAAGGAGUGUGGGAAAGCCUUUAGAACAACUUCGGAACUUAAAACACAUAGAGGAAUCCACAGUGCGGAGAGGCCCUAUGAAUGUAAGGAUUGUGGAAAAGCGUUUAGAACAACCUAUACAUAA